AUGGAGAAGCCAAACGGCCCUCGUCAACAACCACCAGACAAACGAAACCAGGCCUACGAAUCCAUCUUUGGUCGUCCAGGCGUUCACCACCACCAGGCCGACUAUCCCCAAAAUGCCUACCCACAAUACGCCCCCUACCCUCCUUCGCAAAACCAGGCCUACCCUUAUCGACAGCAAUCUCAUUACUCAAAUGCUGAUUCCCGGUCGUCGUUUGGCUCGUCCCACUCGGGUUAUCAGCCCUAUAUGAGCCCCCCACCGCAGCUGGGACCGCCGCCCCCUCAGGGUCCUUACGUUCAGCCCUACCACCAACCUAUCGUCCAGCACCCUCAAUAUCCAGGCUACGACCACCCUCCAGGCCCUUAUCAACAACCUCCCCAACAUAUUCAGAGCCCGUACAACUACUCGGGCAAUUUAGCUUUACCUUCAAAUCCCCAAUUAACUCGUGCCCGAUCCCUGGUCGGCAAUGGCGGACCCCACAUGAACCCUCCCGUCUCUCAUUUCCAGGAACCCCCAGAUAUGAUCCAAUCUUCCUCGUCGCACCCGGCGAUGACCCCGGCCCAGGCCUACCAGCACCAAGUCUACGCCAAUGGCGCUCGGCAUCAACCGUCUCCCGCCCCACCCGCUCAACAGCAAGCGGAAUGGGGUCGACCUCGUUCAUCGCCCAACGAAAUAAAUCGUCGUCCGUCGUUAACUCACAGUUUGCAUCACAACAGCGGAGGCUCGACGCGUUCUUCCGAACCACCACGCCUUGGCGUUAGUCUGGAACACGAUGAGGGGCGAUUGGGAAUUGAUUUCGGGACCAACGGGAGUGGUAACAACAGUGACCAGGGAACAGAUGCAGAGAGUGAACUCCCUUACGCGAGAAGUGAUCAUUCAGCAUACGAGGUCGUCUUCCAUGGCUGA